AAUUAGAGAAAAAGAUUCAAUGCCAGUUACAUCUGAAUGUAUAUAUGAAAAUUCGGAAAUUGAAGAUGAUUUGAAAAAAAUAUUGAUCGAAAAUAAAUAUCAAUUGUCAUGGAUUCCAUACGAUGAAUUUACAAAUAUUAGAGAGAUAG